UGCGUGCUCGCCAACAGCUAAAGACCAUGAGCGUAACCGGCGUCGCUAUGAGAUGCUCCGAGGCUGCCCGCCACCGUCUUCGGCAAUGCGAACGCCAUCGCGCAACCUCCGGGGAUAACCGUCCAUUAUUGGCUAUUUACGUAGGCUUUCGCAUUACCCCACAGGCAGCACGUACGUACUUUAGACAUCAAUUGUUAAUGGCACAUUCCCGACGAAGCAAAAGCCAAAAAACACACCAUCAGCCUGAAAAGCUACCAGCCAACAAUGGGGAAUCCUAAUGUUUACCCGCAUCCUGAGCCCCAGUUUGUCCACUUUCCCAGUCGACGUUCAGUUGUACACAGUACGAAGGGCAUUGUAUCAUGUACUCAGCCCUUAGCAGCAGCUGCAGGCAUCGAAAUCCUCAGGAAGGGUGGAAACGCAGCGGAUGCAGCUGUUGCGGUAGCAGCAGCCAUCAAUGUCAGUGAGCCAGGGUCAACAGGCAUUGGAGGCGACAUGUUCUGUCUCUUCUACGAUGCCAAGACAAAGAAGGUCUCCGCUAUGAACGGCUCCGGUCGAUCGGGGGAAAAUGUCACCCUCGAGAAGAUCAGGAAAGACCUUAAAAUCGCCGAAGGUCAGAAUGGGCAGAUUCCGAUGGAUCACGUCCAUGCGGCAACUGUACCCGGUGCUGCUGCGGGGUGGGUUGACUGCGUUGAGCGCUUCGGUAGUGGAAAGGUCAGCUUGGAGGAUGUACUUGAUCCUGCGAUUGAGCUUGCGGAGAAGGGGUUUCCAGUCUCCGAACUUUCUGCCACAUUCUGGGCAGCGAGCGAGUCGGCUCUUAGAAAGGCAUCGCCCAACGGCCACGAGAUGCUUAAGAAGGAUCCGUCUGCAAAAAAUGGUCAUAGAGCGCCGAAGGCGGGUGAGAUUAUGAAGAAUCCAACAAUCGCCAACACAUUCAAGCUUCUCGCCAAGCACGGUAAGAAAGGCUUCUACGAGGGUGAAGUAGCCGAGCAGGUUGUAAAGGUUGUUUCCGACCUUGGCGGUUACAUCACACUGGACGACCUCAAGCAUCACGCAGAAACUGGGUCUGAGCCUGUUGAUCCCAUUUCACUCAAGUACACCGGUCAAGGUGUAGGCGAGAACACAGAGGGCGGCAUCGAGCUCUGGGAACACCCUCCAAAUGGUCAAGGGAUCGUAGCUUUGAUGGCACUCGGAAUCAUCCAGGAGCUUGAGAAACAAGGCAAGAUCCCGAAAUGGAAUACUACGGACCAUAACAGCACCCGCCACCUUCACGCUGUGAUUGAAGCACUCCGCAUCGCGUUCUCGGACGCGCAUUGGUUUGUCACAGAUCCCAACGUCGUCAAAGUCCCAUCAGCUGAGCUCAUAUCCGAGCAAUACCUCGCUGAUCGCGCAAAACUCUUCGACCCAAAGCAGGCCAUAUCAGCGCCCGUUCACGGCUCACCGGCACAUCUUCAGAGCGACACUGUUUACUUCUGCUGCUCUGACCAAGAGGGUAAUGCAAUCUCGUUCAUCAACAGCAACUACGGUGGGUUCGGUACAGGCAUCAUUCCAAAAGGCUGCGGUUUCACGUUGCAGAACCGCGGCGCGAACUUUAGCCUUGACAAGGACCAUCCAAACGUACUUGCGCCGCGAAAGAGGCCAUAUCACACCAUCAUUCCAGGGUUGACAACAUAUGCCAAUGACGGCAGUCUUCACUCGGUAUACGGUGUCAUGGGUGGUUUCAUGCAACCGCAAGGCCACGUACAAGUCCUUCUCAACCAGGAAGUCUUCAAACUCAAUCCACAAGCUGCGCUCGACUCUCCACGCUUUUGCAUAGGAGCCGGUAUGCCUAGUGACGAUGGAAGGAUGACUGAUGCAACGAUCUACCUGGAAGAAGGCAUUGAUCCGAAGGUUGUCGAGGAGCUGCGCGCGCUUGGCCACAGCGUCAAGCAACUGAAUGGAUACGGGCGCGGAAUGUUUGGCAGAGGUCAAAUUAUCAGACGGCAUAUGGAUGAUGGCAUCUUGGUAUGGAGUGGUGGAAGCGACCUAAGAGGUGAUGGUGCUGCUGUGCCAUUGUGAUUAGUUUGAAUGAGGUAGAUGGUCACUACGAGAAUUCAUUAGUACAUGAGCAUCUCUAUUGGCUGGUUGAUGAUGAUGUGUUUGUACAUCCCCAAGUCAUGAAAUCGUUGCAUUGCUCGUAUCAUGACACUCCAUUGCUAAUGUUAUCGUAGUGAAGGGGAAAGACUAACCUGUCCAAAUGAUCCGUAUCGUAGGACAGGGU